AUUUUCUACACCCACGAACUAUCGAUAAAACCAGAAGUCAGCGUGACGACUUAUCGUUUGUUUGCCAUCCGGAGGCGAACAGCUGUUUUGCGACUGCUCUCGGAAAUAAAUUUGCGAACGGUUUUUUUAAAUUGGAUUUUGCAAUGUCGGCGUUUGUGAAAACCGUGUGUUUGGCUCAAAAGCUAUGCGCCGCAAAUCCCGUCGUGGCUCGCCAGGCGGUACGCAGCAUGGCCGGCUGGAACAAGGACUACAAGCCGGCACCCUAUCCACAAACGGAAAAGGAACGCCUGGCGGCAGCCAAGAAGUACUACCUGCUCCCUGAGGAGUACAAGCCAUACGCCGAUGAUGGUUUGGGCUACGGAGACUACCCCAAAGUGGGCGGCGGACUCGGUGUGGAGGCCAAGGACUCCUACUACCCCUGGGAUUAUCCGGAGCACAAGCGCAAUCAUCACGAGCCCGUCUCGGCGGAUCACGAUCUUUACAGCGAGGAUCGCUGGUCGCAGGCGGAUUAUCCACGCUACAAGAACUCGUACUACUUUGUCUGCUUCCUGGGCGUAAUGUCUGGCUGCCUGGCCCUUUAUUAUUGGCUGGAGGACAAAAAGAUGUACCGUCCCGUUGCCGCCAAACAAUAUCCCGGCGAUGGCGUCAAGCACUACACCUUCGAGCAGUAGAGAACACAGCGCCCUCCUCGUCGAUCCUCUGCGAGCCUCGUUAUUAUUUCAUAGGCAAUUUAUCAACGCAUCUGUACAAUUAAAAUAAAAGAAGCCAAGCUGAA